CACAGGGGUACGAACACUUGAGCGGCUUCUAAUUAAAGCCCCGCGCGGAGCCCUCGGGGACCGGCCUGACGUCGGCGGGCGCGGGCAUAAGAAGCCGCCGCGGUCAGAGCGCAGCCCAGGCAGCCGCGCGUCCAGCGCUCCGAGCGGCCGAGCCACCGCGUCUCCAUCCCCGCGCGUCCUGUGCGCUCCGCACGCUGGGUCGCCGCGGGCCAUGGAGUAGCGGGGCGCGCGGCGGCUCCGGGACGCGGGGACAGACGCCGGGACAGACGCCGAAGGACGCCCGCGGCUCCGGAACACGGGGACAGCCCCUCCAGCGAGCCGAGCUCCCUCCAGCCGAGCGAGCGCAGGAUGCGCGGGCCCGGGCGCCCCCUCCUCCUGGGGCUGCUGCUGGUGCUGGGGGCGGCGGGGCCCGGGGUCGCCGAGCCCCGGGAGGCGGCCGACGGACAGACCGUGCUGCGGCUCAUCGUGGAGAUCCUCCAGGAGCUCAAGAAGUACCACUCGGGCGAGUCCAAGAGGCUGCAACUCCCGGGCCCGCACGACUACGCUCUGGGCCGCAGGGAGGUCCCGGACUACCCGGUUUAUCCCGAGGAGCAGCGAGUGGAAAUUGUUCCUCGAGAUCUGAGGAUGAAGGACAAGUUCCUCAAACAUCUUACAGGUCCUCUUUACUUCAGUCCAAAGUGCAGCAAACACUUUCACAGACUUUACCACAACACCAGAGACUGCACCAUCCCUGCAUACUAUAAAAGAUGUGCCCGGCUUCUUACCCGGCUGGCUGUCAGUCCAAUGUGCAUGGAGGGCUAAGGUCUUCUAGAAUUGAUAAGAAAGUGUGGAGUUCUACGAAACAAAUGUGAUCUUCAGCAGUGAGCAGAGCUGCGGAGGACCGAGAGCCCACGGACCAUGAGAAGUGCCUUGGAGACCAACAGGGAGCCGAACCUGCUGCCUUCACGAACAUGUCCCCUGUGAACAAGAGAUUUAUUUUUGCAGACAGACUCUUCCAUAGUCCCUUUAACUUGAGUUUUAUACAUUGUCGACACUGUUGGCAGAUGCGUACUCAGUAGAUCAGCGUCCCUGACGGUAACUCCUGCCGUCCGUGCUGCUGGGGAGAAGCGAGGGCUCCACAUCCAAUGCGUAGUGCCAUAACCGACAGACAAAGCUAUUUCAUCCUCCUCGGUAGGUGAAUCUCAGAGUAUUUCUUUAGAAACAUAAACAGAAUCUGAAACUCUAUUUUCAUAUAGCAUUUGGUAUGAUUUAAUAUUUUUGUUACUUUUACAAUUAAAUUCCCAGAGUAUUAUUUGGAACUGCAUGAAAAAAAAAACCCACAAAAAAACUUGUCGUGUUUUGGAGACUGUGGAGUUUAAGUCUGUGAACAUAUCCAGGCUAAUUUCAUUUGUCCUUUGUAUCAUAAAUGUAAGAUAGUAUCCAGAUGCUGUGCAAUAUGUAAAUACUGUAAAUAAAACAAGUAAUAAACAAA